AAAUUUAUUCAAAUGAAAUACCACAAGAUAUACGAACUGAUUAUGAUAAAAAUAAGGAUGUUAAUGUUAUUUUAGAGGAUGCAUUUAAAAGAGCGGAUACAAAUGGCGAUGGACAAUUAGAUACAAAUGAAUUAGCAAAAUGGAUAAAUUUUAAAAUUAAACAACAUAUUGCAAAAGCAAUACAUAAUAAUUAUGGUCUCUUUACAAUUGUUGACGUAAAUCCACGAAAUGGUGUUGUCACUUGGGAAGAAUAUCAUGCAUACUUUUUAAAACAAAAAGGUCUUAGUAAUCAUUAUGUAAAAAAUCAUGAUGAAAAAAAACAUGUUGGCUUACAAAGAUCGUUAAAAGAACAAAUAAUGAGGGAUAAAGCAUAUUGGCGUGAAGCAGCACGCUUUGAUCCAGAUAGUUUAACACUAGAUGAAUUUUUAACAUUUACCCAUCCGGAAUCAAGUGCAUCAAAUCAAUUAGCGUUAGUUGAUGAAUUAUAUGAGAAAUUUGAUCGGGAUGGUGAUGAAUUUUUAACAGAAGAUGAAUUUUCAACAACAAAUAUCAAUGAUGGUACAUCACCAUUACUACUAUUCCACCAAAGCGAACUUGAACGUCGUAAAGAAUUUCAAAAUUCAAUUGAUUUAAACAAAGAUGGUAAGGCGGAUCGUAGAGAAUUAUUACGUUAUGUGGCACCACAAAACCCCAGACGUAGUGAAUUAGAAGCCCAAACAUUAAUAUCAUUGGCUGAUAUUGAUCAUAAUGAUGCAUUAAAUUUAAGUGAAGUGUUAGCACGUCCCGAUUUAUUUAUGGCAUCAAAAAUGGUUGAUACUGGACGAAGUUUUCAUGAUGAAUUUUAGUUUUGUGGUUUUACACAAAUUAUUUUGACUCACUUCUAAGGUUAAAUAGAAGAAACACCAAUUAUUUAUUUUUAAAAGACGCAAAAAUGGAGCCGUAUGAGAUUGGCUGCUUGGCAAUAAUUACCGGAAGUAGCGUUUUUGGCUAAGGAAAUUCUGCCAAUUUCUUAUGUUUAUUUAUUUUUUGAUAUUUAAAAAUUAACUGAAUACAUAUCAGUUCUUUAUGAAAUCGUUUAAAGUCGAGUUAAUAAACAUCUUUUAUCCUUAUUUGCGCCACUGUGUAAGUGCUUUUUUUUAAAUUAAAAAUUUUCAUUUAUUGCCGAACAGAAAAUAUACAAGCUAGUGUUGACACUGGAUUUAUCAAAUAUCGUUAUGUGCAUAAAAAAAAACACCAACUGCACUAUAAAAAAAUAUACUUCACAUUUUUUAUCUUACUAAAAUUUUAAAAAUUAUCCUUGGCAUGAGGGAAUAAAAAACAUACAAGAGAAUAUUAUAACGCCAUGAACAGCAGAAUAGCAAACCUAUGGCAGUUUCUAUGCCCAAAAAGAAACAAAUUCUUUAAAAUAGUUAAUAAAUUACUAUCUAUCCUACCCAAAGAAUAAAUUUGAUAGUUAGCAACGGGGCAUAAUCCUCAGGAAAUUCCCACAAUUAGUAUCCCAUUGAAACCAUAAAACUUCUCUUUGGACAAUGCUUUCUUGAAGAUUUAUUUUUGUGGACGGACUAAAUUUGCUCUGUAUAUUCUCCUUGUAAUGGGAGAGCCAGGCCAAAAAAAAUCAUUUGAGGAUUGAUUAUAGUAGUUGUGUACACACACAUACUGCGGUCAGGUAAGCGAUUGGAAGAACAGGGGUCAGAUAUAUGUUAUCAAAACGGUUAUGAUUGCCGUUGGAAAAUCCAACAUUUACAAAAAAAUAUUUUAUUUUCCACACUGCAGAUA